AUGCCGCGACUUUCUCUUGAUUGCACACAGACCACUUCACAACGCACACUCACUGACCUACCGACCAUAGUGGCACUACAGAUUUGCGAGUAUCUCGAUGCUGCGGAUUUGGUCAACCUGUGCACCACCGUUCCAAGAUGGAAGGCGUUUCUCACAAGACGCCGUUUCAUCCAUGUCAUGAAGCAGCAUAUAAGGCAGUGGACGUGGUUUGACAAGCGCCUUUGUCAGCUACUCUUGCCACACCCACUCAACGCCUCGAUAGAAAAUAUUUGUGAGGCGAUUAUGUAUCGCAGUGCACUGACAAAAUCCUUCCAUCGAUUCCGCAACAGACUGGCUCUGUAUCGGUGGCAACAGCUACAGCUGCAGCACCACCACCACCACCACCACCAGCACCAGAAACAAGAUGACGACUUCGUCAACAUUGACGUUUAUCCCAUCCACGUCCGCGAUUAUCUGCACAACGGGAUAGAAAGGAUGCACCGUGCAGUUUUGCGCGGUGCAUUACCAGCACGAUUUCCAUUUCAUCGAAACUUACAUGUUCACCGAGAGCUUGACCACGAAUGUAAGUCUACGAGAAUUGCAAUGGGCAAUCAUUUUAUAGGUGGCGCAUUUACAAGUGAAGCAGAUCAACGCCAAUGCUCACAAUGCAUUACAUAUCUGGCGAAGCCAACGUGGGUGCCGGAUGCUGAUUUUACUGCCGAGUUAGAAGCUCUUGCAACGCACCAUGUAAUCAACAUCGCAUUCAUGGUCGAUGAGAAGGAGGAUGGACUGAGCCUGUGGAAUUGUUUAGAGCAAUGCCUUACGUGCCUCGUGACGAUGUCAGCAGAUUGGCGAGUUUGGUCUAUUAAGCCCUGUAGUGGGGAGGGUUUUAUCAACUGGGACAGUCUUGAAGACUGGAGCUGCUUUCACGUCCACAUGGCGACAAGGCGAUGGCGCAUGUGA